UAAAUUAUUUUUCACCACAAAAUCCAAAUUCCCUCGUAAAAUGCAAAGUGUGCUCCUCUUUAUUUUCGUCCUUGUCCCCCUAUAUUUGACUCAAUAAUAUAUACACACAUGUACCUCCAUUUGUAACUCUCAAACCAAAACCCGUUAAUUCAUAAUUAUUAUCUCCUUUCUCUACGUUACGCAGCAAGGGAAAACUAUGAGAAAUGUUUCAAAUACCAGGUUCUUAACCUGCAGUUUCCGUCCAGUGGUUGAUAUAAAUGCCACGCUCAAGUCUAGAUCAGUUGUUGAUCGCUCUGGUAAUCGUCGUUUUGCAUGUAUAGUACAUGUCAGUACAGACAAACAUGACACAAAAAAUAAUUCAGCCACCAAAGCCACGUUUUUGGGCCAAGAAUUGGCACAUAAUUGGGUUGUGCCAGCGUUUUCUAAGAAUACAAGAGCUCGUAAUAGCAAAAAUUGUUUUGGAUCAAAGGGUGGUUAUUCGGUAUACGCAGAAAGUAGUUCAUCAACCGGUGAUGAGAAACAACCUUUUGUGGUCACUAAUGUUCAAGAAACCAAGGCCCCAGAAAGGUCUUCGUUGGUUUCAUCUUCAAACUCUAUCGUAUCUGAAUCAAAGAACCCAUCAAAGUGUGAGUCCACUAAAGACCAAGUAGAAAAGCAAAAGAAGUUCCCUUGCGUUAGAAUAUACUGUGUUGUCGUAAGCUUAGCAGUUAUGAUAUUUUUGGGUAAAAUUAAUGUUAUUGUUUUGACACCAUUGUUAUUAUGGAACGCAAGCUGUUGUUGCUGGCCAAAAGAGGUUCCCAAGUUGCGUAACGGAAGGAGUGGUCGAAAUAAGGAACGUUCGCAAUGGGCAUUAAAUCUGUUACGCAAGAUACUCAUUUCUGUGCUUGAGUGUCUACUUCUUUAAGUUCAACAAUAAGCAUUUCUACGGCACAACAGCACAAGUAGUCAGUAUCGACGAAACCUAAUCAUCUGUUCGUGUUUCUUUCCUCUGCUCAUACUUUAUACAUUAAUUUGUUUUUUAUUUUUAUGAAUCAAAGUAUUUCUCAGUGGGACGUUAAGGAGUAAUCACUCGGAUUACUAAUAUUUUAACAGAUAUUUUCCUAAUACAUUCUUAAAAAUCGAACCCCUGUUUGGUUUUGUUAUAUGUAUAUUUAACAAAUUGUGUA